GGCAAAAUAAGUUUUUUUCUUUGUGCGUGCUGGACAUCAUCAAUGUCUCAUGAUGCGGACUUUUCGGUGUGGUGUUGAAAUUUCCUCUUCAAUACCCACCAAGGCUGCUCUCGCAGUUUGCGUUACAUACUUACUCAAAGCUAUGUGAAAAGAAUUUCGUGUAUUAGUCAAGAAAGCUAUACAAUCCAGUAUGAAAAACGUGACAAACUUUUGGAGAAUAUGGUGAGCAAUGAUGCUAACGGAUAAAAGAUGACUUAGAACUGAAAGGGCGGGGACAACUGCUGCUAUCCAAACACAUUGUUGAUGGGCGGUAAUGGUGACAGAACCACGUUGCCUUGUUUCUUUAAUAUGGCGAAAGAGUAUGAUUAUCUACUGAAAGUCCUUUUGGUAGGUGAUAGUGAUGUUGGUAAGCAGGAAAUAUUAUCCGGACUAGACGACGGCUCAACAGAAAGUCCGUUUUGCAGUGGUAGUGGAACGGCACACAAAACCACAACAAUUCUACUGGAUGGUAAACGUGUGAAACUUCAAAUCUGGGAUACGUCCGGUCAAGGACGAUUUUGUACGAUAAUUCGUUCUUAUUCGCGAGGUGCACAAGGCAUCAUUCUCGUUUACGAUAUCACCAACAAGUGGAGCUUCGAUGGAUUGAAUCGAUGGUUGAAAGAGGUCGAGGAGCAUGCACCAGGAGUACCAAAAGUGUUAGUGGGGAACCGGCUUCAUUUGGCGUUUAAACGACAGGUUGCCGCCAAGCAAGCAGAGCUGUAUGCUUCGCGGAACAAGAUGGCCUGCUUUGAAAUAUCCCCAUUAUGCGAUUUUAACAUACGGGAAUCGUUUUGUGAACUCGCCCGAAUGGCUCUGCACCGCAACGGUAUGGAACGUAUUUGGCGCUCAAACCGAGUACUAUCACUACAGGAGUUGUGCUGCCGAAGUAUAUGUCGAAGAACUAAUGUAUAUACCAUAGAUAACCUACCUUUACCCCCAUCAGUGAAAUCUUAUCUAAGAUCAUAUGCGCUGACUUCAUCUCAAUGUUUAAAUACGGUACUCAACAAUUCUGCAUCCAUAGCUAAAAAUCUCAAAUGCAAAACUGCAACGUCGUAUCAUCUAAAGCAGAACAUUAGAAACGGUUGCAUCAUUUCCUGAUUUUCGUGUGCUACCUAUGCUGUCUACAUCUAAGGUUGUGCAUUGCCGCAUUUUGCCGUUACGGAUUUUAUGAACGAAUAGGGAAUUUUGUCUAUAACAUAGCUAUGAAUAUUCGAUUAUCUGACUUUCUCUAUCAUUUGCGUAAACACCCAUGUGUAAACAUCAGUUUAGUGCGUAACCCUGGGAACAAGAGACGAGACAGUUUACUUGAUGUUUACGAAUAAGCUUCCUUAAUACAAACGGUCUCGUCUGUAGAUAAUCCUUGUGAGAAACAUUAUAAAUAUUUAAAAAAAAGCCCAGCUGUAAACUAGGUAAAGUUGUACUGUACCCUGGUCUUCACCGUAAUUCGGUGGUGGCAUGGGUAGUUUUUAAGCAAGAGUUGCCAGCAAUAAUUUUUUGUUCAGUUGCAUAGUGACUAAGUUGCCAGCAAUAAUUUGUUGUUCAGUUGCAUGGUGAAGAAUUUUUGCAACCUAUAUUGUGAUAGGUUUGUUUGAAAAUCACCUUUUGUCUUUAGUUAUACAUUUAUUCUAAAUUUGGCGCAACAAUCAGUGACGGAGCACCAGCAGAUAUCAGCAUUUGAAUAGAAUAUAUAGGAUUGGUCUUUUCAAGAUUGAAAUUAUAUGAGACGAAAAUAAGAUCGAACCUAAAAUAUUCUAUAUGUUGCACACAAACUGAAUAUUCAUUAUGGAAGCUGAGGUGGUUACAUUGCUUACUUGAAUGAGCUAUGUAUUUAUACGUAUAUACGUAUACGUAUACGUUUUUUAUACGUACAUACAAGUAUGUACAAGGUUAGUUCUGAAAUGUUUGUAUCUAGUCCCUUGAACUGGAACUUGAGUUAUGAGAGAAAUGCAUUGUUAAUGAAUAGGAUUAAUUAUGGUAUAUAUUUUCAUCAGACCAAAACAAAUGUUCUACUUCUUGCUUUAACUCUUCCGUCUGUAUAUUUAUUGUGGUGUUUUUUUGGGGAAACCAUAACGUUUUAGAAUCAAAUUUUGAAAGCAUCCCCAGCCGGCAGUAUAAUUGCAUUUCUGGAGACAAAAGAAUAGGGGGAAAAUAACGAAAUCUAGGUUUGAAAGUCAAAUCCGCUCCACCCAAUUAGGACGAAGUUAUUUUGAUUUUGAUUAUAAGCCCGAAACUAUGUAAACAAAA